AUGAGGCGAUUCCAAACUCAGACGUGGGCAGUCGCGGCCUUGACAGCCCUAUGUGGCGUGACGGCAAUCACGCCAGAGGGGAUGCUGGCGGCGAAUCGAUACUCGGAUGCACUGCCUAACCCAAGUGGCGACUUUGCGCUAUUCACAGCGACAAACUACUCGUUUGAAACUGGCGAGGCAUCCACCGUAUGGAACCGGCUUGAUCUUGAGUCGGGAGACAUUUCUGUCUGGUAUGCUGGGGAUGACAUCUCGGAAAUUGUGUUUGUCGGUUCCAAGCCUACCAGCCUCCUCUACAUCAAUGGCACCAAUGAGGAGGAGGAUGGCGGCAUCAGCAUCUAUUUCGCCGAUGCGGAGUCAAUUGAGGGUGCCACUUUGAUCGCAUCCUUGCCAGCGCCGUACUCCGGUCUGAAGGCUGUGCUCACGUCAGACGGGAACAUCCGGUUUUUGGUGUACUCGCUGGCGUACCCGAAUGGGACUGCGUACAAUGAAGCCCUUGCCACCGAGCCUGCGAGCUCUGCGAGGAUCUAUUCCCAGAUUUAUGUUCGGCAUUGGGAUGCUUACCGCACCGAGAGGCUGAACGCUGUCUUCGGCGGCACUCUGAAGAACAACAACGGGUCGUACUCUUUCGACGGCCAGCUUACUAACUACGUGACUGGCAUCCACAACGUCACGUACGCCGAGAGCCCACUCGACCUCAAUGGAGCCGACGACUACGACCUGUCUCCGGACGGCAGCAAAGUUGCCUUCUUGACCAAGGACGUCAACUUGCCUCUGGCUAACUUCACCAGCAGUCAGAUCUACCUGGUCGACUUCGAAGGCACUGCCUCGGAUGCCGUGCCCAUCAACCCGCGAGACCCCAAUGGCCCCUACCCCGAUGCCCAGGGCGCUUCUUCGGCCCCCAAGUUCUCCCCCUCCAGUGAACAGAUCGCCUACUUCCAGAUGAACGGCAUCUACUACGAGUCUGACCGUACCAUCUUGUACGUGGCCAGCACCGACGCCGCCGACUUCAACGUGACUCGUCUAGCCGGGGACUGGGACCGAUCGCCCGACACCGCGAAGUGGGCAUCAGACUCAUCCACUAUCUACGUUUCCGCGCCCGACCUAGGCCGCGAGCGCAUCUUCCCUAUUCCCCUUUCGGCAGAUGACUCCUACGUGCCUAAGAAUAUCACCGACGAGGGCGUUGCCGCCGGCUUUUACGUCCUGCCCAACUCCAACAUUCUCGUCUCCGACUCCAAGAUCUGGACCAGCCGCGAUAUCUACACCGUGACCCCGACGGGGGAAGUCGAUACCAUCUACUUCCAAGCCAACAAAGUCGACCCCGAACUCGCAGGCCUAAGCCCCGAGGACGUGUCUGAGUUCUACUACAAAUCUAACACGUCCGAGAUUGAGCAGCAGGCCUGGAUUGUGUAUCCGGCAGGGUUUGACGAAAGCAAGACGUACCCGCUUGCCUUCAUCACGCACGGUGGUCCCCAGGGCGCGCACUUCAACAGCUGGUCAACGAGGUGGAAUUUUAAGGUCUGGGCCGAUCAGGGUUAUGUGGUCAUCGCGCCCAAUCCGACGGCGUCGAGUGGCUGGGGGCAGAAUUUGACGGAUGCGAUUCAGGGGCAGUGGGGGUCGUAUCCGUAUUGGGAUGUGGUCCAUGCGUGGCAGUAUGUGAAUGAUACGCUGAAGUAUGUUGAUACCGCUAAGGGAAUCCAUGCGGGUGCUUCGUUUGGAGGGUACAUGUCGAAUUGGAUUCAAGGCCACGAAAUGGGCCGCUGGUUCCAAGCCAUCGUCACCCACGACGGCUCGACCUCGACGCUGAACCAGUGGGCUAGCGAGGAGCUCUGGUUCAUGGAACACGACUUCCAUGGCGUCUUCAACGAGUCCAGCCUGUCCCCGGGCUCGCCUUACUACGACUGGAACCCCAUCCUGUACGUGGACAACUGGCAAACGCCACAUUUCGUCGUCCACAACGACCUCGACUUCCGUCUUCCCGUCAGUGAGGGAAUCUUGCUCUUCAACCUGUUACAAGUGAAGGGCGUGCCAUCCAAGUUUUUGAAUUUCCCGGAUGAGAACCACUGGGUUUUGAACCGGGAGAACAGCAGGGUUUGGCAUGAGGAGAUCUUCAAGUGGAUCAAUUAUUACAGUGGCAUUAGCAAUGCUACUAACGUAUAACCCCAUCUUUCCGGCCACCCACCUUUCCGUAGUGGUGUUGAGAGAACUUAUAGGUGCUAGAGAUGGUCAGUAAACGUAUGUCAUAAUUCCGUU